AUGCUGCGAUUGAAUCUUGUCUUCCUGUUGGUCUGUGUCUGUGUAGCCCUCUGUCAGGCUGGGGGAUACGGAAAGUGGCGCCCGGUCCGACACCAAGGAUAUGGAAAGAAAUAUGGAAUGGGAGGACAUUAUAGUAUGUGGAGUGCUCCCUCAUACUAUGAUUCUGGAUACAGCUAUGGUGGCGUAUCCUCUGGAUAUCCUGUAGGAUAUAACCAGGGUAUCUCCAGCUUUGGCUAUUCCAGCUCUGGAUACAUACCAUCAGUAGGAUCUAGUUGGUCCAAUGUUGGAUAUGCUCCUUCUGGAGGAGUUGGAUUAAGUGGUGCUAUAUCCAGCAUCUCAUAUCCAUCUGGAUCCAGUGGAUACUACAACCAGGGAGUCAUUGACCCCUACAGUCAAGGAUCCAUGGCUGGGAGCUACAUGUAUUAA